AUGGCACCCCAAACCAUUUCCGUCAUCGGAGGCCUAGAUGCGGAUCUGAUCAUGAUUGCGAGCCGGAUCCCAGACCGUGGUGAAAGUGUCCUGGCAAAUGAGUAUUUAGAAGCCUUGGGUGGCAAGGGCGCGAAUUCUGUGAUUGCAACGUAUCGAAGCUGUCACAGGAAGCCUGCGAGCAGGAGCCAGACGGCCAAGAAGGUCGAGGCGAAUCUUCUCGAUCGGGAAGACAGUGCCGCCUUACUGACAGACGACGGCACUAAAGAUGAAGAUGAUAUCAAGGUGAAGAUGAUUGGUGCAGUGGGCGACGAUCGGUAUGGGCGCAUGUUCAUUGACGAGUUGAACACGAACCGCAUCGACAGCUCUGGCAUAUUGACAGUACCGGACACGCGGUCGAGCAUUUGCUUCGUCAUGGUGGAGGACUCAACACGCGAGAACCGAUGCCUGUUCACGCUUGGCGCGACGGCGGUUUGGAAGAAGGACCAUUUCGCAAAGCCCGAAGACCUUGGGAAUGGCACCGCUCCUGACCUUGUCGUUGCGCAGAUGGAGAUUGACAAAGAAGUGGUCGAGACGAUGAUCGAAACUGCUGGUCGGGCCAAGAUCGACUUUUGUCUCAACGCCGCCCCCGCCGUCCCCAUUGCAAAGCAGGUUUAUCGGCACCUCACACACCUCCUGGUCAACGAAUCAGAGGCUGCUAUCAUGUCCGGCCGAGACAGAGAUGAGGUGAACGAGAAGACAUGGCCAACUAUCGCCAAAGAAUUCCUCGAACGUGGUGUUCAGAAUGUCGUGAUCACCCUGGGCGCCAAAGGCGCGUUCUUCGCCAAUGCAACUGGAAGCGGACACUGCCACGCAUUCGACGUUCCGGUCAUCGACACUACGGGUGCAGGAGACACAUUCACAGGGGCAUAUUCCUCGGAGUAUAUUCGUCAGAAAUCAGAAGGAAGUUGGAACAUCGAGAGCGCCGUGAUUAGAGCAAAUAAAGCGGCUGCCAUCACAAUCCAGAGUGUGGGCGCCCAAGCAGGAAUUCCGUUCUCGGAUGAGAUUGACGACUUUGAUGCACCUCUCAAAAAACCACAUGACACAAGAUCGAACUCCGAGGUUGCGGAUCAGACUGUUGAUGUCCGCGUACAGCAUUACAAAGGCUUAUAG